UUGAUGUCGGAAAAACGCAACGCAACCAUAUGUCCAUAUAGGUGAGAAACCCCAGAAAAUCGGGUCUUAUGACUACAACAGUCCUGUUUUCAAUUUCAGUGUUUGUGUCUAAUUGUUUUAUACUCGCCGCUCUAAUGGCGAUCCUUACUCUAAUGUUUAUACCUCUGCUGUGUGCGGUAGGCAUAGCAAUUUUCAAGAUACCCAAUGCUGGUUGGGGAGCCGGAUAUUCCCGACUGGCUUGGGUCUUUCGCCAAGAAUACUGCGGUAAUGUUACUCUACUGCUGCCAAAGAUCCACGAGCGUUUAGGCCCCUGUGGAUUUGUAAAAGAUCCCUGGAAUCAUGGCGAGUUUGUUCAAGAUGGGCACCCCGCACUGUUUUCAAUCACAGACCCAGAUGAACAUGCCAAAAGGCGCAGGAUCCUAGGUCAACUUUUCGGUCGUAUCAAAUUUGGGAAUAUCGAAGGUCUUAUGCUUCAUCACGUCGAAGAAUUCGUCAAAGCAGUUGGCCAAAAAGAACAACCGUUCGACAUCGGUCCUACUUGUCGCGCCCUCGAGGCUGAUAUCAUCUCGGAGUUUUCAUUCCGAGAAACCCUGCAUGCUAUUUCUGGCUGGUCCAAAAACCGCGAUAUCCCGAUUGUAUCGAAGAAUGACCAAAAAGCAACCUUUAUGCCUCUGGUCAGUUUCCAAAUAGCCGACUGGAGGCUUUCUUACUAUCAAUAGCUUAUGAACUUCCCCGUGCUGUACGACCUUUGGCUGGUUUUGGAAGACGUUCUUUGCCACUUCGAGGGGUCCAAGGUAUCUUCCAGAAAAGGCCUUCGACAAUACGAUCAGGUUCGCAGCCACAUAAUUCCUUCAAAUGAAGGCCGACAGCCCAGAAGCCAACAGAUCUGGGCUCCCAGUGGACACACAAUGCAUAGGUCAAGAACAAAGACCCGGACAGCAAGUCACCAUUCCCGAAUCUCAUCAACGUUAUGAUUCUGCCGGCAUGCCCACGCAGACCGCUCUAUCCGAAGCCAAAGAGAACCUCGGGCCAGGAACAGACACAACAUCUGCGUCACUGGCACAUAUCGGUAGCAGUUAACAGGCAGACACUUUG